AGGCAUGACCUAAUGCAGGUGUGUCAAACUGGGGACCUUCUGGGCCAAAGAGCUUCACAGAUAAGCGUUAACAUUCAUCUAACGCUCUGAAUCCGGUCAAUAAAGGGCUAAUUAGCUAAAGAGCUGAAUCAGGUGUGUUUACAGAGGCUGGGAGCUGAAGUCUGCAGAGUUUUGGCCCACGAUGACUGGAGUCUGACACACGCGACCUGUUGGAAAGGUUUGUGCUGCUAAAACUGUUGAAACUCAGGAGAGGACGCAAGCAGGUGAAGCUUGUCGCAUCAGUCAGGCUGACAUGCAGGCAGUGACGGACAUGCCUGACUGACAAGGAACUCAGAAGGGGAUUCCGUAGCUGAGCACAAUUUAUUUUAAGUGGUACUUUUCUCAGUUAGGGUCUAACAUCCUGUCCAUGGCCGCAGUCAGCAUGGCCACUCAGUUCUUAGGAUACUUCUUGGGUCUUUUGGGGUUGGUGGGGACGCUGGUGGCCACAGCGCUGCCUCAUUGGCGCCAUACGGCCUACUUCACCUCCAACCUCAUCACGGCCACGUCCUACAUGAAGGGCCUGUGGAUGGAGUGUGUGAGCCACACCACCGGCAUCUACCAGUGUGAGGUCCAUCGGUCAAUGCUCUCUCUGCCCCAGGAUCUGCAGGUGGCCCGGGCCCUCAUGGUGCUUUCCACCACCAUCUCCACCAUUGCCACCGUCAUCUCUGCCACCGGGAUGAAGUGCACCCGUUGCCUCCAUGCGUCCCGUGCUAAGGGUGCUCUUGCCGUAUUGGGAGGGCUGUGUUUCGUCUCUGCUGGCCUUUUCUGCCUCAUUGCUGUGGCCUGGACCACCAACGAUAUAAUAACCGAUGCCUACGACCCGUUCUCCGCCAGUGGGAUGAAGUAUGAGGUGGGCCUGUGUUUGUACAUCGGAUUCGCCUCCGCUAUAUUCAGCAUUUUUGGUGGCGGGGUGCUCUGCGCAGCCUGUUGUGAUACGACAAAUGGUUCCCCCCAGAAGGCGCCAGCCCCCAGCACCCCGCAGCCCCCGCCCCAAGCCUAUCAGGCACAUGAAGCCCACAUCAUCAACAGCCAUUCAUCAUCUCAAGCUGCUCCAUCUAGCAGUGGCUACACGGUCAGCGACUACUAGGAGAGCGUCAGUGCAGGUGGACGGACUGUGAAGGACGAGCUGAGGCACUGUCGCCCGCUUCUCGCUCUGACACGUCUGGAGUGUCUGGUCCUAAUUCUGAGUCUCAGUGUUAAAGGCUUAACUCUGAUUGUGAAAUCAGGCCACUGCUUAUGUGCCAAUGACAGCAUCUCACUGCCCACACCUGCUCACAAUAUUAAACCUGACAGA